UUAUUAUUCUUUAUUCGAAAGCGAAAGGUCUUUUAUUCGUCUUCGUCUUCCACUACCGUCCUGCGACUACUAUACAGCAUAACAGUGCAUUCGAGUUCUGCUUUAAUGGAGGAAUUACACAAGGCAUUGAACGAUCAAGGUUUAACAAUUUCGACGCUACCUGAAAAAGGUCGCUGCAUUUUCACCACCCGCGAUUUCUCCCCAGGGGAAGUGAUUAUAAGUCAGAGUCCAUUUGUUGCUGUUCCGAAUGUGUACGAAGAAUCGCCUGAAUCAAAGUGCGAGUGGUGCUUUUCAUCGAGCAACAUCAAGGCAUGCUCUGCUUGCCAUGCUGUUUGGUAUUGUAGCACCACUUGUCAGAAAUCAGAUUGGAAGCUUCACCGCGCGGAGUGUAAAUCACUGUCGAAAGUCGAGAAGGAAAGGCUGAAAUAUCUAACGCCGAUGAUACGUUUGAUGGUGAAGCUCCAUACAAGGCUUAAGCUAGAAAAAGAGAAGAACUUUCCGACUACUGAUACGGAUAAUAGCAAGCUCGUGGAGGCCUUGGGUUCUCAUAUGUCUGAUGUAGACCAGAAACAAUUGGUAAAUUACACCCAAAUGGCUGCACUUGUCAAUGCUAUACUUCAAUGGCCUGCUUCUGAGAUCAAUAUGAAAGAUAUUGCAGAAAAUUUCUCCAAGCUAUCGUGCAAUUCACAUACUAUUAUCGACAGUCAACUACUGGCAAUUGGAACUGGACUUUACCCCGUCAUUUCUCUCACUAAUCACAGCUGUGUACCCAAUUCUGUUCUAUUAUUUGAGGGAAGAUUGGCUGUGAUACGAGCUAUGGAGCAUAUGCCAAAAGAUACUGAGGUUUUGACGAGUUAUAUAGAUACUGCGGGAAGCACUGUAACUCGGCAAAAGGCUCUUAAAGAGAAGUAUUUCUUCACUUGUUCCUGUCCUCGCUGCAUAAAAUUGGGACAACCCGAUGAUAUUCGAGAAACUGCGAUUCUAGAAGGUUAUAGGUGCAAGGACAGCUGUUGUGAUGGAUUUCUGCUUUGUGGCUCUGAUAACAAAGGGUUCGUAUGCCAGAAGUGUGGGCUUGUUCUAAGCAACAAGGAACUAAGUACCAUCACUAAUGAACUGAAAUGUAUUUCAGACAAAGCUUCCGUCUCACUUUCCUCUGGCCGUAAAAGUGAGGCAAGUGUGGCUUAUAAGAGGAUUGAGAAACUUCAACUGAAGCUAUACCAUCCAUUUUCGAUCAGUAUUAUGCGAACGAGAGAGACACUUCUGAAGAUAUCGAUGGAGCUGAUGGAUUUCAAAGGAGCACAUUCGUACUGCAUAUCAGUAAUUCAGAUUUACGAGAGAGUAUAUCCGAAAUGCCAUCCUUUGCUUGGACUGCAUUAUUACUUGUGUGGGCAAAUUGAAAUGUUGAUGGGAGAGAAGAAAACGACGGUUGAGUCACUGAAGAAAGCUUACAACAUAUUUCGAAUCACUCAUGGAACAAAAACACCGUUCACUAUGGAGCUUAAGACUAAGUUGGAUGAAGCUCGUGCAAUGGCUUCGCUCGGGCGGAUGAAGAUUAAAUCUUAAAAGCAUGGUGCUAUAUAUAUAUAUAUAUAUAUAUAUAUAUAUAUAUAUAUAUAUAUAUAU